AUGAUCGCCUGCAGACAACUUUUUCAUUCCUACCCUGUUGUUAGCAAUCAUCUUCAUCUGGCCGCUACGGCCGCGAUGAGCGUUUGCCAUUUUCAAUGUUUGCAUUUGUUUGCUUCUGGAUUAUUUUUUUUUUUUUUUCUUCUUCUGAGCUACAUGCCAACUCUUUUCCAGAAGACAAUUGUCAUUUUUUUUCUUUUCGCUGCAAUUAUCUAUCUAUCUAUCUAUCUAUCUAUCUAUCUAUCUAUCUAUCUAUCUAUCUAUCACUGUUUAGAUCUAUCUAUCUCAGUCUCUCUAUAUGUCUUUGUUUAUAUCUAUCUGAGUUUGUUCAUAUCUAUCUAUCUAUCUAUCUAUCUAUCUAUCUAUCUAUAUUCUCUUUCGUAUCUCUCUAUAUGUCUCUGUUUAUAUCUACCUAUCUAUCUGAGUUUGUUCAUAUCUAUCUAUCUAUCUAUCUAUCUAUCUAUAUAUAUCUAUCUAUCUAUCUAUCUAUCUAUCUAUCUAUCUAUCUAUCUAUCUAUCUAUCUAUUUUCCCAAGCUCUUUUUCUAUCAUUUCUCUGCUCUUUUUCUUCUUCCUUCCUUCUCUCUCUUUCUUCCUUUCCUUUAUUUCUGUCUAUCUCUCUCCCUUUCUUUCUCUCUUUCUCCCUUUCUGCAUGUUCUUUCGUUUAUUUUUCAAUUCUAUCAUUUGCAUCCUCUUCCUUCCUUUCCUCUUUCUUUUCUUCUAUUUCUUUCUUUCUCUCUUUUCUUUUUCAAUUCUCUAAUUUACCUCCUCUUAUUUCCUUUCCUCCUUCCUUUUCUCUUUCUUUCUUUCUUUCUUUCUUUCUUUUCUUUUUCAAUUCUACAAUUUACCUCUUCUUACUUCCUUUUCUCUUUCCUUCUCAUUCUUUCUUUCUUUUUACAAUUCUCUUAUUUCCUUCCCUUCUUCUGUCCCUUUCUUUCACUUCUCUUCUUUCUCUCUCUCUCUCUCUUUCUCUCUCCCUCUCUCUCUCUCUCUCUCUCUCUUCCCUGUCUGUCUAUCUGUAUCUCUUUCUUAUUUCUGUCUUUUUCCGUAAACAUUCCCUACUCUUUAUUUUCACUUUCUUAUCGUUUCCCUCCCUCUCCUUUUCCUCGCUUCUCCCAUUUUCUCCCCCUCCCCGCCACAUUCUUAUGAACCCCUCAUUCUCUCUUAUUCACUAUAUUUCUAUCAAUCUCUACUCUUCACCUUCCUACUGA